UAUCGCAGUGUGAUAAAUUGUACCAAACCACAAACACUGACUUCAAAGUUUUCUUGUGCCAGUCAUUAGUGUGAGUUACUGAUUCCGUUACACGAUGGUGAUUUUCGUGUUAACUGUAGGAUUAAUGUUUGCUGCAAGUGCAGUGAACGCCGAACAAAUAAAAAACUAUCGCAUGUGCAGCCGGAAUACUCGAUGUAAUGUUUACGAUAUGUUUGUUGAUCCAUGUCCCGAAGCCUUAGACAACCUACCAUGUGAAUUGCCACAAACCGUUAACUCGUCUAUCACAUUUAAAUAUAAACCUAAAUUCGGUUCGGUCGCUCCAAAGACAAGACUAUACGCUGAAACCCUUCUGUUGGACUUGCCGUUUAUGGACAUGGACACGAACGCGUGCUUAUACACAAAUUGUCCCAUUGUGAAAGACAUCGAACAGAAUUGGCUGUACAAAUUAUACGUAUCCAAAAACUAUCCUAAGGCUAGUUACACAGUAAAGUUUAAGUUCUGGGACGGCGGACCGGAAGCUAAUAGGGACGACCAAUGCUGCUUUAAAUUCGACAUCAAUAUCGUUUAACGGAAAUGGAAAAUACUAGCAACUACCUAUAUAAUAUAUUAAUAUAUAUACAUAUUUAUUGUCA